AUGGAAACCAAUCUUCCCGCAAGGGGACCGGCGAAUGGCCAACACCCGGCCCCAUUCCGCCUGGUUGGAUCCGGCAAGGGUUUGGGGCCAUUCGAGCUGACGCCCGAGCAAGAACGGCAGAUGCGGGAUGGCGCCACCCAAUUCAAGCCUCGUAGGCAAUUGAUGAGGUGGUAUUUUGAGCAGAAGUUGGGAGUCCUACAGGGCACUAUGGAUCAUAUCUGGAUGUGCACGACCAGGACACUCUGGCUCCUUCUGCUCAACAAAGGGCAUACCCGCGUCUCAAGAGACUCCAUACUCGGAGAAAUUGACGCCAAGGUUAUUGUGGAAGUUUUUGCGGCUGACAGUCUUCUCUUCCCAGAAUACCCGUUUGGCAAGCAUCCUGGCCACGACGAGAGCGCUCCCAUGUCGCAAGAGUUUGACAAAAUGCGAGAGAAGAUGGCCGUUUCGCUUGUUCUCCACGGUAGCCGUACCCGCGCCCCUCCAAUCCAUCCCAGGGACUUGACAGUUGAAGAGUUUCGGGCUUGGAUUGUAGAGAAUGGGCUGUGGGGGAUCGUUACGAACGACGCCACAAACGAAUACAGUGAUCCGCUCCCUCUGCCAUUUCAAAAGCCCCAGACUUUUGCGUCGGCAGCUGCUGCGAGCACUGGCAAUACCGAGAUCGAAAGGGCCGUGACUGUUGAUGUCAGCACGGGCACGACUUCAAUUGGAAAUAAAUCUCGAAAGGGUUGCUCUGAGAAGGUCAAGGCGCUGUGGGAAGAUCUUGCGUUUUUUGAAUGGGCCAAAUGCCCCAGCGCGUUGCUCCCAGGACAUUAUCAGGUUAUUGUGCCUCAUGUACCGGAGCUAUUCCAGCUUCCCCAGGGCCAGGAAGUCAUCCGUUGUAUACUCAAGACCCGUGCCAUCGUACGGCGUCAGUAUUAUACAGUCGUUUUCCACAGCAAUAAUCAAACGCUGGUGCACAGAUACGCCAUCGGCCCAGAUCUUGAUGAUGGGGAUGUCCAGCACAUUAACCGACAGACCGCAAAUGAUCUGGCGGAUUGUACUCAACUGGGCCUUAGCCGUGUGGUCUGGAAAUAUGGUUAG